CAUCUAUUUUAUAAUUGGGAGGAUAUAGUCAAUAAACUUAUGGCAUUGUAACUCUGAACGAUGAAAUGAAAUGGAGUUCCCAGACACGCGUUUGUCUCUGAGAUCGAGCUUGACGUUCGGAGAGUCGCUGUGCUCGGUGUUCAUUCCGCUCAUAGGAAUAGUCGAAGCUUUGGUUUUCACAUUCGCCAGUUGCUUCGAUUUCCAAUCUCCCAAGAAGAAUAAGAAACAUUCUUCUACCUUCGAUGACAUUCUCACCCUCGCCGAGGAUUCUCCAUUUAGUGUUAAUGAAAUCGAGGCGUUGCAUGAGUUGUUCAAGAAGUUGAGUAGUUCUAUCAUUGAUGAUGGCCUCAUCCACAAGGAAGAGCUCGCAUUGGCACUGUUGAAGACCACCACUGGCGAGAAUCUUUUCCUUGACAGGGUGUUUGAUGUCUUCGAUGAAAAAAGAAACGGCAUUAUAGAAUUCGAGGAGUUUGUGCAUGCUCUCAGUAUCUUUCAUCCUUGCACUCCUCUGGAAAAAAAAAUUGAUUUUGCUUUUAGAUUGUAUGACUUGAGACAGACCGGAUAUAUUGAGCGAGAAGAAGUGAGUAUCUUGGCACGUCCAGGUUAUGAAUAUGUUAGGCAAAUGGUUGUUGCCAUUCUGUCAGAAUAUGGCAUGGAUCUGGAUGAGGAAGUCCUUGAUACCAUUAUUGAUAAGACAUUUCAAGAUGCUGAUACUAACAAAGAUGAUAAAAUAAGCAAAGAAGAAUGGAAGGCAUUUGUCAUUCGACACCCGACACUCUUGAAGCACAUGACUCUUCCUCAUCUGAAGGACAUCACCACACUGUUUAGCAGUUUCAUUUUCAACACAGAAGUUGAUGAUUCUCACUGGCAUUUUAAUGGCAAUCAUAAACAUUGAGGAGUUGAAGCUUGUUGUGUUGCACCAGCUGUUGCUGUUCUGAGAAGUAGAUUCUAGCAAUUCCACUCUCCCAAUGUUGACUCCUUCACUCCAACGAGAGAAUUCAUGGAAGUGAAUGAAACCACCUAAGAGUGUUAAAAAUCUUUUCCAAACCAGUAAAGUGCUUCAAUUGAAUAUAAUUACUGUUUGGUUUGAUCAGCUAACUGUACAGCUCAUUUUGGCCGGUGUACAAAAUUUAUUUGUACGAGAGGGCAUUUUGGAAUAAUUAAAAUAUAGUGUGUUUAUGAUCAUAAUUAA